CCCGUCCCUAUUUUUCCUCUCCACACGGUGCUUAUGCGGUGCUCUGCUCGCGAUAGUCGUUUGCCACUGAAUCCAUGGGGGGAGGGGCUGAGGGGUCGGCGCUUGGCAGAUGCUUCUUGAGCAACAUCGAGGAUGGCGAAAGGGAGAGGAGCAGGAGAUGCGCCAGGGGCCGGGAUCUGGGACUCUCCAUCGACGAUGCGGUUAUUCUUGUUGGCGUAUGCUGCGGCCGCGGGAACUUACACGUCGACAAAAAGAGGCGCGGACCGGGAGGAUGGAAGUCCGCUGCUCGGUUUGGGAGACGUGUCCGCAGCGGCCUGAACCUGGGCAGUGGAGCGCCGCCUGGAAGGCUGGGAGCUCUGUUCUUACAGCGGUGGGUUGAAGCGGAGCUAGAAGGGGUGGACCGAUGGUCUGCGUGGGAUGUGGAGGAGGGUUUCAUCACCGUACCCACGGCGGACGAAAAUAGGGGAUGAGAUGCGAGAGCCCAGACCC